AAUGCUGAGACUCAAGUAAAGCUCCCUCUUCUGCUCCACGUGCCCGCCAUGGGUGCUGGGAAGUCUAAACUAGAUCACUGCCCUCUUUCUUGGCACAAGAGACACAGUGAGGAUGCAGAUCCAGACUGCCAUGAAUCGGAGGAUUCUAAAGAUGUGUCCUUGCAUGGUUUUGUGGAGCACAGCAAUAGAACAGAGCCGCCGACAGGAGAGCAGGAGGGAGCUGAGGCAAAGGGAGAGAUGCCUGAGGAGGAAGGCGAAGAAGUCUUCCUCAAAUUUGUGAUUCUGCAUGCAGAGGACGACAUAGAUGAGGCCCUCAGAGUCCAGGAUCUGCUGCAAGAUGACUUUGGUAUCAGGCCGGGGAUAAUUUUUGCCGAGAUGCCGUGUGGCAGGCUGCAUUUGCAGAAUCUAGACGAUGCUGUAAAUGGGUCUGCGUGGACCAUCUUGUUACUGACUGAAAACUUCCUACGAGACACCUGGUGUAACUUCCAGUUCUACACCUCCCUGAUGAACUCUGUGAACAGGCAGCACAAGUACAACUCCGUCAUACCCAUGCGGCCCCUGAACAGCCCCCUCCCUCGGGAAAGGACUCCCUUGGCGCUACAGACCAUCAACGCCUUAGAGGAAGAAAGCCGAGGCUUUUCUACCCAAGUGGAAAGGAUUUUCCAGGAGUCCGUGUACGAGAGGCAGCGAACGAUAUGGAAGGAGACGCGGAAUGCAUUAAGGGGACAAUUCGUUGCCUGAGACGAAGCAGACACCCUGCUGACUCCUGUUUUGUAAACGAAAUGAUUCAUCUUCGCUUGAGAAAGCAGUGUCUAGGCAAUGCUUCUCUAUGAGUGGGGCUGCUUUCAAGAAAUCUGUGGAACACAGGAAAGCUACAUUUCUGCAGGCUUAGGGCUGUGGUACUUUCUGAUGAUAAACUCCAGGUUGUCAGUUUCUAGCACUUUUUUUAUAGUAUCCACAGUUUAUGA